GAAGGAAGCUGCGCUGAGUGGGAAGCCGCAGCAACGGAAUAAAGCGCGUUUUGUCCUUCUGGGGCGAGAAGCGGGCCGGCCACGCCAUGGCCUCUGCUGCCUUCGGGCUAAAGGCGGGCUGCAGAGCGGCAAAGGCGGCUCCGGCGGGAGGGGCAAAGGCGCAGAAGUGAGCGGCCUCCCUCCCUCUCUCGCCAGUCCCCUCCUGGCCAGGCCCCGUCCCUCGGCGUCUGCGGCGCGCGUGUGCUCAACUCCUCGGGAGGGGUCGCUCCGCCUCGGCGCCCUCAAUUUGCGCGCGGCGGCGGCACCACCACCAUGUGGGGGAAGCUCCUCUCCGAGCUCGGGCAAGGCAGAGACUACCCAACGGGUAAGAAAAGGCGAAGCCCAGAAUAUUCCUCGUCGGGAUGGUUACCUGGUACUGAAUCACACUGGCAAGCCACAACAGGUCCAUCUAGCAGCCGAAGUAGCCAUAUCAGAAGACACAGCAUAGCUUCUGACAGCGGGGACACUGGCAUUGGAACCUCCUGUUCUGACAGUUUGGAAGAUCAUUCCACCUCAAGCGGUACUUCCUCGUUUAAGCCGAGCCGUUCGCUGGUCUCAAUUCCUACUGCCCAUGUGAUGCCGUCUAAUGCCAGCUCUUCAUUUUCCAAAAACAGGGAACCUUUCAACUCUGAUGGUUCAAAGUGGAGUAUGAGCCUUUUGAGGACUGCCGGAAGCAGGCAUCAGGGCAUGCAGGACAGUUCUCUUGACAUGAAGGAUUUAAGGCCUGUAAGGAAAUGGUCAUCUUUAUCUAAGCUAAGCAUGCCUGCUACUUGUAGCCAGGAUGGAGGUGUUCACUCAGCAGAGUGCAGAACCAGCAUGGAUAAAAUGGGAAGAGAGAAAACUUUGGCACUGCAGUUACAAACAAAUGGGACAGGCUGCUUGCACAGUAAUAUGGAACUGCUCAAGAUCGAGGACAGAGACAUGGGGAAAAAACGGAAUUGCACCUUGGACUGCAAAUACAAAUUUGAAAGUUGCAGCAAAGAAGACUUGGGUGUUCCUGAUCCCUCAAACAGGAAAUACGCCUUAGACAUGACCUAUAGUGCCUUACCAGAAAGCAAGCCUGCUACUUCAAACUGUGAAGUUUUUGGACAAGGCUAUAUAAGUUUGGGCCCACAGGCUGUGAGCAGGGUUCCCAUUCAGCCAUCCGAGAGGACUCAGAGGUGGCUUACAGAACAAUUUCAUACAAACCCUCCAGAUUCUAGGCCUUCUGAAGAGUCAUACAGUUUAUCCUCUUGGCAGUUACAGCAGCUUGAAGAACUUAGAGCUGGAAGCGAAUAUCCGGUACAGGUUCUGAGUGGAACAUCUCAUCAAGGUUACUCUGGUGCAGGCAUUCAGGAAUUCAGCAGUUGGGAAUCUCUGAUGAAAAUCAAAGAAGGGCUGUUGAGGCAGAAAGAGAUUGUGAUCGAUCGGCAGAACCAGCAAAUUAACCUUUUGCACCAGAAGAUUAGGGACAAUGAAUUGCGAGCUCAGCAAGCAAGACUGGGGCACAUUGUGAAUUGUGAAGACUUUACUUUCAUGAGUAGUUUCCAGCAUCCUCAGUAUGAGAAGACACCAGUGCAGCCUCAGUUUGCCGAAAGAUCUGUGCCUCAUUGUGAAAGGGAAGAGCUGGAACGAAAGCUUGCAUCAGUACAGAGUAAGGAACUGCAGCUCAGCGAGUUCCUCAAACAAAUAGCAAACAAAUCCAAUGAAGACAAGAAGAAGAUGGAAGAGAAGCUCAAAACCAGGGAUAGGUACAUAAGCAGCCUAAAAAAGAAAUGCCAAAAAGAAUCAGAACAAAACAAAGAGAAACAAAGAAGAAUAGAAACACUUGAAAAGUACCUGGCUGACCUUCCAACCUUGGAUGAUGUUGAGAGUCAAAGUAAACAGUUGCAGGUUCUAGAAGAAAAGAACAAGCAACUGCAAGCUACCGUGGCUGAGCUAGAGAAGGCCCUUGAAGAAUCCAGAACACAAUGUACAGAGAAAGAAUUGCAGCUUGUGAGUCAGAAAAAGAAAGAAAAAGAAUUGGUAACUUCAGUACAGAGUCUGCAACAGAAAGUAGAGAAAUGCCUGGAAGAUGGUGUACGCCUUCCUAUGUUGGACACAAAACAACUUCAGAGUGAAAAUGAAAGCCUCAAAGAGAAACAUGAGAAAGCCAGCAAGGUCAUUGACAAUCAACAGAAUCAGAUAGCUGAGAUGACUUUAGAGAUUCAGUCUGUGCAAGAAAAGGCUUUGCAAGAAAAACUGAUAGCCCAGAAGCUGAAAAAUGAACUUGAAGAAAAGGAUAAGAAUAUUCAGCAGUUACGUAAGACUCUGCAUGAAAACCAAAGAUUUCUGGAAGAAAAUGCCUCUUUAAGAGAACAGAUGCAUCAGAUAGAACAGUCCAGGCAGCCAGUGGCUGAGAAACUGCCUGUGGCUGACCAGUUGUUCAAGGAGAUGUCUCACUGUUUGUUUGACUUGAAAGCACUUUGCAGUAUUCUUACCCACAGAGCUCAGGGCAAGGAGCCUAACCUGUCUUUAUUGCUGGGAAUCGGAUCACUGAACAGUUCAGCUGAAGAUGAGAACUACCACAGCACAGAAAGCCUCUCAAAGAAGCUCUCAGAAGUCUGUCAGCUACGAAAGGAUAUUGAUGAGUUGAGGACUAUAACAUCGGACUGUUAUGCUCAGGACAUGGGAGAAAAUUGCAUUACACAAUGAUAAAAGGUUUGUCCUCUCAACAGCAGUGACUGAGUUAUUAAGUGCUGUUCCGGUGGUAGUUCCUUGUAUUUCUGUUAUGGAGCCAUACUGUAAGAUGUGCUCUUUGAAGCAAGUCAAAGGAUUUCAGAUGCUUGCUCGUGGUGAUGAAGCAGUCAUUAGUGGAAGAAUAUGGUACAUGCUGUAAGGAAAAUGUGAUUUCUUCAAAACUACUGAAUGUAGGUCCAAGCUGUGAAGAAUGUGCUACUGUUGAUGGAAGUACAGGAUUUUGAUUCUUCUCUGAUGACCCAUAAAUAUAACUGUCCACAUUGUAUCCUGGAGUCAAAACAUAUGUCCAGAAGAGGGCACUAAUUACUGCUGUGUUAUCUCUUCCCCCCCCCCCCCCCCCAAUAAUAGCAUGGGAGACAAGAUGAGCGCUGAGAAUCCUGUUGUGGAAAGUACAGAGGCGGAGCGAGGGGAAACUGCGCCUGGGGCACACACACGCUCUGCACCCCUGCUGCAGCGUCGCCUGCCCCACAACACCCCCUUGACAGCCCGGCCAUUCCUCCGCCACUGCUCCGCCCAGGGCGUCCCCCCACCCCACCGGCGCAGUGACACUGGGAAAGUAGUCUAAAGUUCCUGAUUAUCUGUGGGCAUUAAAUCUGUGAACAGUAGUAUGGAUACUCCUGCAAAGACCUCUGUAAUGUGGACAGGCAUGUUGAAUCAAAAUAGCCUACCUAUUUGCUGUCUCAGUUUGGUAAGGGCUAGGGUUUUUUAGCAGUUAAUUGUCAAUUAUUAUCAGUAUUUUUCUCUUGCGCAAAGCAGAAAAGCACCGUCCACAAUUCAGGCUAAGUAAGCAUAAGCUGUUCUUAGAAUUAACCACCAUCUUAUUGAGUUGAUCUUUUGAGCUGUUUUAAUGUUUGAUAAAGACUGUUUGAGGGAUUAAGAUGUAAAGACUAGAAAAGAUAUAUAUUUUUAAAGGCACACAACUAAAGGUUAGGAGAAUGUUGCCUCUUGCCAGUUAAUCUACACUUCAGAUGUGUUCAGGGACUCACUCUGACAUCCAGGCAGAUUAAAAACAUGGAAAGCAAUGCUUCCUGUCCACAAGACCUGAAAGCAGCAUUUCCAUCUAGUGAUUAGAUGCCUAGGAAUGCUCAAGAACUGACAAAUGGUUAACCGAAAGCCACUUCAUGACUUGGGCGUUAUGCAAAUCUGUUUUGCUGCACUGAAACAUAUAUAUCUUCUGUCAAGUCAAGUUUUCUGUAACUUUAUUCUGUGACAAUCAAUUAUGUACAGAAAGGAAUACUUUCUUUUAGAAGAAAAAGAGAGAAAGAAGAAAAUAAGGCACAUUUUGCUUGCUUUUAUUACAACUAGUGUGUACAAGGCUUGAGAUUGCUCUUUCUAGUAGUCAUUGCUCAAAGAGAAUACAAGUUUGUACUGAGUGAAUUGUCAUUUUCUGUUUCUUGUGUUAAUUUCUCCAAAUGUCAUUUUUAUAAGGCUAGCAACAAUAUUUUUUUCAAACAUUAUGAGAGUUAAGUUUAAAUAUCAUGUGUAUAUUAUUUUAAUUAUUUUAAAAACAAUUGUCGGUAUAACAAGCUUUAUUUAUUUAUAUAGAUGUUCCUUGUUAUACUGUUCUGGCUUCUGUCUGCGUAAGUUUAUUUUAACUACUGUUCAGUGUUUCCAAGUGCAGAUUUGUAAAUAUUAGAUUGAAGCAGCUUCAGGCAUGAAAAACAGUAUUCUUCAAUGUUCAGUGAGCUAACAAUACUGUAUAUAUUAAACAGCCAGAACUUCAAAGUACAAAGGUUUAGUCUUAAGUGUAGUCACUGGGAAAUAAGGCCAACUUAAUUCCAUUAAAGUCCGACUGAAUGGCACUUACGUUUAAAACUGGACUACAAGUCCGUUUCAGUGCAGAUGGCUUAAAAAGACAAAAUUAGUUCUUAUAGAUUAGUUUUUAUUUCAGGAAACAUUCAAAAGUGAGAGAAACUUAUACAAUGUGCUGUGCUGUUUAGAGAUUAACAGUCUGCACUACUGUUUUAAACAGCUUUUUCCAUUUACACCUUUGGCUUGCCCCUACAGUGACACUGUUUAUGAUAUUUCUGCCAAGAAUUUGGUACUGCAACCACACUGUAGAGCCAUAAAAAGUUCUUUAAAAGAUUUGAGGAUGUAGCUGGUUUAUGUAAACAGUUCAGUUCUUGGACAAAUACAUAUUAUUUCACUUUUAGAUUGCUUGCAAAGACAGGGCCUUCAGUUAACUGACUAAACAAAACAGGCCUCAGCUCAAUUGCAUAGGUCCUUUCCUGUGUCUUAACACUUUUAGUACUUGGGGAAGAUAGCAAAUUUAGAAUGUUCUUGGGUUCAGACUGUGUUGAAUUAUAGGGCAAAAGGAAUUGGACUGGGGAAAUUUUCAGGGCACCACUCCACUGACCCAGCCUUCAUUUACCUUUUUUCACUGCCAAUUUACACACACUUCUUUCACUUUGGUCCCAUUUUUGUUCAUAACAAGCUUCUUCCUAAAACUGGGUACCACAUAAAAAACAUGACGUCAUGUUGUCACAAGCAGAUCUGGUUAACAUUGCUAAGUGGACAGCCCAAUCCGGGGGGGGGGGUAGAUCGGGGCCGGGGACAGCACUGCCAGACUGUCUCCAAAGAGACAUUCAGUGGCGCAAGUGCCAGGGGAGAAGGGAAAAAUCUCCCCCCCCUCCCCGGGAAAAGUGAUGUAUGCCACACAUUUUGGUGGCAUAAGUCUGCACUGCUGGGAGGGGGCUUUCCUGGACUGAAAGUACAUUGUGAGCCAAUUAAUGUCACUCCGCCUCGGGAAUGCUACCUAUUAUGCUGGUGGAGGCAUUUGUGGUGGAAACCCACCACCAUAGGCGCCAACUUCCAAGUUUGGCUGCUAUGCAGCCGGGUGGUGACCCAACACCAAGGUAAAAAGCCCAAUGCUGUCGUCCAUGCCACUUUGUGCAGUGCAGUGGGCAUGGAUGUUGGCAUAGGGCAUCUGCCACUUCCAAUGCAGCUGCAGCCCCUCCCCCUUUAGAUUUCACUGUUAGAGUAAAGGGCCAUGUUGUAUGCCAUCAUUCUGAAUUGGGAAACAUGCCUCUGGUUUACAGUGGCUCCCAAAAAUAUUCCUCCCAAAAGGAGUAAUAUUAAAAGUCUCACAAAUUUUGGCUUAGUUCUAUUUUCUGUUUGAUUUCUUUUGUUUAGCAUUUUUCAUUGUGGAAGUAGUUUAUUUUUAAUUAGCUCAUGUUUAAACCACAGUGCAUUUUUUGUAGAUAAAUAGAAUAUUUUGGAGCACUUAACUUUUAAAGAUUGACCACUAGAAACAAAAAGCCUUCAAUAGUCAAUUGUAGAAUGAAGAAGAAAACAUCCAAAUGUGCUAUAGACAAUGGCUGUUAAUUUUGAAAAUUAUACAAGUUUUGCAUGCUCUGCUGUUUGUCAGGAGUGUUACAAUACAAGGGUAUACAUUAAAGAGAAUAACUUGUUUAUUGUUAUGCAUAAUACAUUAAGUAAUAUGUAUGUGCAAUACAGUAUAAAAUUACCAGUCCUAGCUGAACAGAAUUUCUAAAAAAUUAAUUUUCUUAGGGGUAAUGAUGGAAUAAUUAUGCCAUUUUAGAUGGUAUGUAUACAUUCUGUAUAAAAUGCCUUCAGGACCUUUGAGUUAGAAAGAUAGCAUAGCAAUAGGUUAAGUAAAUGCAUUAUAAAUAGUAUACCUCUAAGAAAGCAACAAGGUCAAAAUACACUGGGCCAUUUGCUAAAAGUAAAACGAGUCCUCUAGAGCACUUCGGAUGCUUUCUUCUCAGUUAUUGUGACUAGCCUGAUGGAGCAUGUAAUUGCUUGUUCAGAGGAGAAGGGUGGGCUGAGUUCAGUGCCCCCCCCCCCACCCUCAAGAGUUGAUUGAUACUGUCAGAGAUCCCCACCUGGUUUAGUCCAGCAUGAGGGACAGAAUAUGAGCACAUCCCUGGGUGUUGGGGGCAGAAAUAUAGCAGUGGCAGCUGCAUGGCCAUAUUCUUUCCGGUGCAGAAGAAACUUCUGUAUAUUAGUGACUAGUGUUUUCUGCCACCUUCAAAUUAAAGCAACAGAAGAAGGUGGUAGCCAAAGAGAGCAAAAUUAAGCAAGUAAAAAAACUCAAACUUCUUUUUCCUUGAAAUUAAUUUCUUACAAUAGGACCUGCAAUUUAAGAAGCUGAAGAGCCUGAUAGUUUAUAGUGGUGUUUAACUAACUUGAAUGUUAUAUAAGCUGUUCAUGGGCUUUUCAGCUGCUUAAAAUGUAUGUCUAGUCCCAUUCAGUACUUUUAUGAGAAAUCGCUAAUAUUAAAAAUGGUAUUAAUGAAUAAGCUGAUCCAGUCAUGUCAACCUUUUGACAUAUUUGAAGGAGACAAUCUCAAGGGCUAAAGUUUUGUCUGGUAACAAACAUGAAGAUUGAUGGCAAUUUUCAUAUAGCAGGUUGAAUUUAUAGAAUUGUAUAAAUGACAUGUUUUUGUAACUACUGUAAUUCAAGAAUGUAUUUCAUAAAGCUGUUUGAGAAGUGGUGGUGUUCACAGAUAACUGAUACUACUAUUUAUAUAUCAGAUAAAAUGUUCAUACAGGUUUCAUUUAAGUUAGUUGAGCAAAUUUGACUUUAUAGUCCAAUUGGUUUCUUUGUUACAAUCCUGCACACUUGUACUUUGAAAUAAGUUCUCAAAAUAAGCCCCAACUCACCAACAUUUUAUAAUUAUUAUGUGUAGGAUAUGGUGUUAAUUUUUCAGCUUCUAAUUUGAAGGUUUAAAAGCAGAAUAGAUCUGUAUUUUUAAUAGGUUGCCGCUGUCACCCACCCAGGCUAGAGUCUUUUUAAAAACAGGACAGAAUUAGGUGCAUGAACUAAAGUUGCUUUUGUCUUCCAUUACUGCAAUUUGUGUUAUAAUUUUCACUUUUCUGAAGGAAAUGGACAUGAAUUAUUUCUUGCCAGAUUCCAAAAUGCAAAACAAGGUACACAUCAAGUUUUCUUUGUCUAAAUCUAAGCUGGGGCUCAGUUGAUUCAAUCACCGAACACCACAUUUGUCAUUCACUAAUGCCUCCAUAAAUCGGUUUAUUUUAUCAUAUUGGUUUGGUACAACAUUCUGUAUUUGGAUUAACCAUCAUUCUGAAAUGAAGGAAAACUUAUUACUUUGGGAAAAGACAGUGGAUAUUAAAAAUUGGGUCACCAGAUCAAUCCAUCAAGAUCCCCUUUUAGCAAUAUGAAUCCCUCUGUGCCUUUUAUUUUGCUUAUGGCUCAAAUAAUUAUCUCUCAUUUCUGAACAUUGUGAGGAAGUAUCAAGUUGUUGCACUUUGUUUCCUCAGCUUAGGGAUUUUUUUAGCCUGUUAGACUUUUGAGAAACAACUUCCAUAAAGAGAAAUAUUUUGUAAAAUAUGUGGAUGAACCUUUGAAAAGAGAGCCUGGUGUUUAGAACCCAGAUUUUCUGUUAUUUGGGUAAUGUGUAGAAGGCUCAAUCAGAAUGUAUUCAUUUUGUAUAUAUUAUCUGUAGUUUGUUAUUGGUAAUCAGUGGGAGAAGACAAGGGAUGCUCUUUAAAAGCACAGUUGAUAUGUCCUCAUCAGUCUCUGUAGACUGGUAGUUUUUCAAAAUGGGGUUCAGUUGAACCAGUCAGAAUACCUCAUGUGUAAAUAGUGUUGUCAUGACUUAAUCAAAAUGCAUUCAGUAUUUUUGUUAUUAUUAAAAGAGCCACUGGCUGGCUUGCCUCCUCAGGCCUGUCAUUCUCGCCUCUUUUUGUAACCUUUUUUUUAAAGUAGAGUUUACAGCUAGAAUUUUGAAUGCCAAAGUUCUAUUUAUUAAAUAAUAAAGUUUUCAUUGUUAAUUA